AUGGAAGAAAGUAUUCUAUCACAAAAAAUGACUGAAUUAACAACAACAACAACAACAACAACAAUGAACGAUGUUAAAAUUAAAAACAAUUCAUCUCUAUCCAUCGAUAAAACGAUUCAAGAUCGUCUUGAAAUAAUUCCAAAUUAUUUAAAAGAAGAAAAUAAAACAUUUCAAUCGAUCAUCGAUCAAGUAUUAUGUUUGAUGAAUAUAUCGUCAAUAGGCAGAGAUAAUAUAUGCAAUGAUUUACAACAUAUAAGUAUUCUUAUGUACAAAAUGCAUAUUCUUUCGAUGUAUCAUUUAUUAUGGACAACAUAUUGGAAAUCAGGUCUUGGUCAAUUGAUUAAACAACAAAAAAAUUAUGUAUUCUAUUCAACAAAUAUUAGUAUUUGGCCUAAAGAAAUUAAACGAAUAAUAAAAACAACAAUGAACGAACAACAACAACAUACAGAUACUUAUACAAGUUCAAUGGAUUUAGUUUGUUAUCAUAGACAAGAACUUGAAAGACAAUUAAGACAAAUACAAAUUGAAUGGAAUGAAAAAGUCAAUCAUUUGUCUGGUUAUAAUUUAAAAGUUGAACAAUUAUUACAAGAUUAUAUUAUUCAAAAUCAAGAUGAAUUUCAAAAGGAAAUAGAACAUAAAAUAGAACUGGUUACAUAUGAUUAUCAAAUAGAAGCUAUCAAACAAGAAUUUAAUCGUCAAAAUCCAACUGAAUAUCAAAAAAAACUUAUGAAACAAUUAUGUCUAAAAAAAGACGAAAAAGAAACGACUGCACAAGAAUUAAAAUUCCUACAAGAACGUAUCGAUCAUUUCAAUGCAUCAGAUCAAUCAUUUGAACAUUCGACUAUUAUUGAAUCGACAGCAAUGAUCGAUUCUAUUGAAAAUAUUGAAAUACGACAACAAUUACAACAACAAUGGCGAAAAAUAAUUCAACAAGCCAAAGCUGAUCUCUGUAUAUUAAUUUUAGAAACAGCUAAAGCACAACACAGUACAGCUGCAUUAAACUAUGACAAUCAAGCUAAUAAACUGUAUUCAAUUCAUCAUAAUGCACUUGAUUUCACAACAUUACCAUUAAAAAUGAUCGAUUUAAUUCAUGAAUAUUGUCGAAUGAUAGGUGAACGUAUUCAAUCGAUUUAUAAAUAUAAGAUUGAAUGUUUCCGUUUGAAAUUAAAGAAAAUACAACAUAAUUAUUAA